UUGUAUAUAUAAAAGACUUACUAUUUAGCGCAUCAGUCUGCGGCAAGAACCCCAACGAAGUCACUAUGGACUGCAUCAAGUUCAGGGUCAAUGGAGUAGAGCGUGUUGUGGGGUCUGAGAUCAGCUCUGAUGUGACUCUGUUGGACUACCUCCGAAACCACCUCGAGCUGCGUGGAACUAAGUACAUGUGCCGUGAAGGUGGCUGCGGAGCCUGCAUAGUAACAGCAUCUAAAGCGCCUGGAACACCACACGUGUCUGUUAAUUCUUGCCUGGUGACCAUAGGUUCAUGCGAUGGAUGGGACAUAGUGACGAUCGAAGGCUUGGGUAAUAGGAAGACCGGUUACCACACUCUGCAGAAGACGUUGGCAGAAAACAAUGGAACCCAAUGCGGAUACUGCAGCUGUGGCUGGGUGAUGGCCAUGCAUGGAGUCAUGGAGAGCAAAGGAAACUUUACUAUGAAAGAACUCGAAAAUUCUUUCGGUAGCAACAUCUGCCGUUGCACUGGUUACCGUCCUAUCCUAGAAGCUUUUAAGAAGUUCGCUGUGGAUGCUCCAAAAGAAGACAGAAUUACGGACGUUAGUAAAUUAGCUAUUUGCAAUAGUAAAGGAAAAUGUUGUAAAGAUGAAGAAGGCUGGUGCAUGGUUAACGAAGAUGAUGCGCAUAUGAAUAAAGUAAAGUCAAUCCGACUGAAAGAUGGUAAAAACUGGUUUAAAGCUAGAGUCUUACAAGAUAUUUUUGAUAUAUUUGCAAAAGAAGGUACAGAUUCUUAUAUGCUGGUCGGUGGAAAUACUGCAAAAGGCGUCUCUCCCAUAAGUGAAUAUCCUCGAGUAAUGAUUGAUAUAAGUGCAGUCCAUGAGCUGAGAGCUGUGCAAUACGAUCAGAACAUAAUAAUUGGAGCUGCCACGACGUUGACAGAAUUUCAAAACAUUUUGGAAGCUAAGUCAACUGAAGACGCCUUCAGUUAUUUUAGUCAAUUGAUAUAUCAUGUGAAGCUAGUAGCUCACAUUCCUGUACAAAAUGUAAUUGGAAGUGAGGUGAGCUCCGAUGUGAUGCUGGUGGACUACCUCCGUAACUUCCUGGAACUGCGCGGUACCAAGUACAGUUGUCGCGAGGGAGGCUGCGGAGCCUGCAUCGUAACAGCUUCUAAAACUCCUGGCACUCCAUAUGUAUCAGUUAAUUCUUGUUUGGUGGCAGUCACAUCUUGUGAUGGCUGGGAUAUCAGAACUAUAGAAGGUUUGGGCAACAAGAAGGAUGGGUACCACAAGGUCCAAACGACGUUGGCAGAGAACCAUGGAAGUCAGUGCGGGUACUGCAGCUGUGGAUGGGUUAUGGCCAUGCAAGGGGUCCUAGAAACAAAAAAAGACCUAACUAUGAAAGAAAUAGAGAAUUCAUUCGGUAGCAACCUUUGCCGUUGUACCGGGUACAGACCAAUCAUUGAGGCAUUCAAGAAGUUUGCCAAAGAUGCACCAAAAGAAGAAAGGAUUAUGGAUUUACAAAGUCUGUAUAUUUGCAACAAAAAUGGAAACAAAUGUUGUAGUGAAAAAGAAGAUGAUUGGUGUAUGGUAGAAAAGAAUGAUACUGAAUUGGAAAGUAACAAAGUAAAGGAAUUGGUUUUAAAAGAUGGUAGAAAAUGGUUCCAGGCCAAGAGAAUAUGCGACAUAUUUGAUAUUUUAGCGAGAGAAGGUACUGAUUCGUAUAUGCUGGUUGCUGGAAAUACUGCCAAAGGUGCUAUUCCCAUUGAUGAGUACCCUAAAAUUCUGAUUGACAUCAAUAAUGUCCAAUCUCUAAAAACCAUCGAAACCGAUCAAAAUGUCAUCCUUGGAGGAGCAUUAACUCUUACCGAGUUUAUGGAUGUACUCAAAUCAAAAUCUUCGGACAAGAAUUUCAGCUACUUUACCAAAUUUUAUAAUCAUAUGGAUCUGGUCGCUCACAUCCCUGUGAGAAAUGUGGGUACCAUCGCUGGAAACCUGAUGAUCAAACAUGGCUACAACAUGUACCCGUCCGAUGUAUUCCUGCUAUUUGACGCUGUUGGUGCAGAGUUGACCAUUGGAUCUAGAACCGAAAAGUUUACAGUUACAAUGGAUGAGUUUUUGAAACUAGACAUGAAAGGAAAAUUGAUCAUAAAUGUUAUGCUUCCACCCCUUAAUGAAGAUUAUCUUCUGUACACCUAUAAGCUUAUGUCAAGAGCCCAAAGUGCUCACUCCAUAGUCAACGCUGGAUUCCUAUACAAAAUUGAUCGCAAGAAGGAUGUGAUUGAGAAAGCUAGAGUCGUUUUCGGUCACUUAUCAUCAACGUUCAUAAGGGCAAGAGCGACUGAAAGUUACCUGGUUGGAAAGAGGUUGUUUGAGAAUGAAACGGUGCAAGGUGCUUUGGGAGUAUUGGACGGAGAAAUGCUUGUUGAAGAUAAUCCUCCUGAACCGUCUGUAGAGUUCAGAAGGUAUUUAGCAAAGGCUUUGAUGUUUAAGGGCAUUCUUUCUCUAUGUCCAUCUUCAACCAGAGGCCAACGUUUGUCAUCUGGGGCUAUUAACAUCCGUGAAAAUAGACCUGUCACGACUAGCCGUCAGGUUUAUGAAUCUGACCCUAAGAUGUGGCCAUUAAACCAGCCUAUCGCUAAAGUGGAAGCAACGGUUCAAUGUGCCGGAGAAGCUCUUUACACAGAAGACAUUCCUGCCCUCCCUCGCGAAGUCUUCGCCUCCUUCGUACUCAGCACUGUGGCUUUGGGUACGAUAGUCAAAAUUGAUGCUAGCGCUGCUUUGAAAUAUCCAGGAGUAGUUGCAUUCUAUACGGCUAAAGAUAUACCCGGAUUAAACUCGUUCACACCACACGACAGCUUGUUCUACACGGCUAAUGAAGAAAUAUUGUGUGACGGCAACGUCAAAUUCUACCAUCAGCCAAUUGGUAUUAUCGUAGCAGAGACUCAGCAUGUAGCUGAUAGAGCUUCCAAACUCGUUGUAGUGAAGUACAGUAAUGUUAGAAAACCAGUCAUAGAUAUUAAAGAAGCAGUAAAAGAUGAAAGUAAAAAUACUCUGCACGCUUCAGCUGAAGCAACAAACCCUGGUACAGAUGUGUACAAGACGAUAACUGGCAGUAACACAUUCUAUGGUCAAUGUCACUUCCCAUUAGAGAGCAUUGUUUGUGUAGCAAAGCCUAUUGAAGAAGGACUUGAAAUACACGCGGCUACGCAAUGGCUUGAUGGAGUACACACGAUGGUAUCAAGGGCAUUGAAUUUGGGUGAAAAUAAGAUUGAUGUCCAUGUUCGUCGUAUCGGCGGUGGCUAUGGUUUGAAAAUCUCCCGAAGCAUCCAAUCAGCUGUUGCUUGUAGUCUUGUCGCGCACAAACUGAACCGCCCGUGCCGAUUCAUCAUGUCUUUAAGUUCCAUACUUAAAUCCGUUGGAAAGAGAUUCCCUUGCCAUACGACCUUCGAGGCCGCAGUAAACAGUUCCGGUCAGUUGCAAUACCUAAAUGCUGAACUUUAUGAAGACAAUGGUUACAAAACCAACGAAAUGGUUUCCACAAUCGGCAUGGACGUGUACAACAACUGUUAUGAUAAAUCUAAGAUUAAUUUCAAGUACUACGACUCCAUAACUGACAUGCCCAAGAAUACUUUCUGUAGAUCACCUGGUUCUAUGGAAGCUAUUACUAACAUGGAGUGCAUUAUGGAACAAAUUUCCUACGAACUCUCAAUGGAUCCCGUAGCCGUACGAUUAGCCAACUUAGAUCAUGAGCAAUACGGAGAAAUGGCAAAAAUGGUUGAAGAAGUUAAAGUCCAAACUGACUAUGUACCUAGACGAGCGGCAGUUGAUUCAUUUAACGCUGAAAACAGAUGGAAGAAGCGCGGUCUCCGAUGGGCUUUCGCUAGAUGGGCUCCCAUUGGAGCACAACAUUUUGACCUUAACCUCGCGGUUUACCAUGCUGAUGGUACCGUAGCUAUUACCCACGCUGGUGUUGAAAUGGGACAAGGAAUCAACACUAAGGCAAUCCAACUCACUUCCUACUUACUAAAGAUCCCCAUUGAGAAGAUUCAAGUGAAAGCCAACAGCACAGUCGUCACACCGAACAGUUUCAUGUCUGGUGGAAGUUUGACAACCAGUAGUAUUAUCAUUGGUCUCAGAAAAUGUUGUGCGGAGUUGAAUGCUAGAUUGGAACCUUUUAGAGCAUCUUUAGAAAACCCUACUUGGGAGGAACUGAUCACAGCAGCGUAUGGUGCUGAUGUAGAUCUGCAAACUCACGGAUUUACUGGCUUUGGUGAUGCACAAGUCUAUGAUGUGUACGGUAUGGCCUUGUGUGAAGUUGAACUUGACGUUUUGACUGCUGAGUACGAAAUCUUGAGAGUGGAUAUGAUACAAGAUGUAGGUGUGAGUCUUAACCCUGAUAUUGAUAUUGGACAAGUUGAGGGAGCCUUCAUUAUGGGUCUUGGUUACUGGACAUGCGAGAAGCUGGUUUAUACCGAAGAAGGCGAAAAUCUGACCAACCGUGCUUGGGAUUACCAUCUUCCAGUCUCUAAGGACAUUCCUCAGGACUUCAGGAUUUACCUGAAAAAGAACUCAUACAGUAAUGAAAGGAUUCUUGGAUCUAAAGGAACUGGUGAACCCCCGAUUUGUGCUUCAGUCGUCGUACCAUUCGCAAUCAGAGAAGCCAUAACUCAAGCAAGAAAAGAAGCAGGCAUACCUAGCACUGAGUGGUUCCAAAUUGAUGGACCUUUCUCUGGAGAGAAGGUCUACAAGUCUCUAAGACCGAAUGUCAAGGACUUCAGACUGUACUAGAUAUAUGCCACAGGCAGCUCUUCAGCCAAGUGAAGACACUCAAUCGUUACUAUUGCGGUUGAAGAAAGAUGAAGAAACGUGAUCCAUCUUUUUAUUUUUAACAAUGUUAUAAAUAUUUUGUAGUUGUUGUUAACUUUUUAUAAAUAUAAUUAAUAUGUUAUCUGAAGUACCUUAUUUUUUGGUGAUAUUUGAGCUCCGGAUGACUAUUCGUUCACACAAGCAGAACCGUGAAAAUAACUCAAAUGUCCCAAAACACUUGUUCUUGAACAGUUUGUAAAAAAAAUACUGUUUGUAUUGGUAUUGGGCUCUAAUUUUUCGUUAUUCUACAUUUUCAUUUCUUGAAAUGACUUAUUGAAUUUGUUUAGUUAUAUUUUUUUGUUAAGUUUGGAGAUUGUUUAUUUAGUAAAAUAUUUCAUAUUCAUUGAAA